UCGGUGGCGAUGUCAAUGGCGAUCAUUCCGAAAAAUACGGGGCGACUAAAGUAGAACAAGGAAGGAGUAAAGUGCUCAUAAGCAAUGCAUUUAUUUUAAAAUACAUUUUGGAACGUCGCUUCACCGAAAAAAAUAUAUUUUAGUACUGCGUGUAGAAAAAGUUGUUCUAUUUCAGACUGUGCGGCAAGUAUAAGCCAAAACAAGACUUAGCCGCCUGAGUAGCCGAUAAAUUGAAAACAAAAUGGCUGACAUGGCGACACUGGAGGACGACGCUAAGUUGCAGCAGGUGAAGCGAUUAGUUGCUGCGCACUUUGCAUUGCGAGCAAGGCGUAAUAAUAAGAGGAAGCGAUUAGACGUUCUAAUAGACGCACAAUCAAGACGGAGUGAUGAAAUUGAGCAGCGUAUUCAAGCGAACUCGUUCACUGUUGCGGCUGUGAUGGCCAGUUGUUCCAUUGUUCACCGAGAGCGUUGGACAUUUCAAAGAAAUGAGCGCUGGUUUGAAGACACUUUGCCGAUCCUUGGUGAAAAUCACUUCAAGCAAGCUUUCCGUGUAUCGCCGCCUACGUUCAGGUAUUUGGUGGAAUCGUGCAGAUCCGUCUUGGAGCGCCAAACGACACGAUUGAGGAAGCCGAUCUCCGUGGAAAAGCGAGUGGCGGUGGGACUGUACAGAUUGUGUUCCAGUGCAGAGGACAGAACCAUCGCGCACCUUUUUGGCAUCGGCAGGUCAACAGUGAACGUGCUGUGCAGAGAAUUCUGCAAGGCUGUAAUUGAUCAGCUUGAAGGGGAAUGGCUUCACAUGAUCCGCCGCCAAGAAUUGAAACAGCACAUCAGGGAAUUUUUUGCUCUGAGUGGCUUUCGUCAGGGUACUGGCGCUCUUGACGGCUGCCACUUUUGUGUGUCGCCACCGAAGGAGAACGCCGUGGAUUACCACAACUAUAAAGGAUGGUACAGCAUCAUACUUCUGGCGAUGGUGGACCAUAUGUACCGAUUUCGGUACAUAAAUAUUGGAGCUCCAGGCAGAUGCCACGACGCCAACGUGUAUGCAAGGUCGAGAUUGUCUACAUUGGUUGAGGGCGCAUACUUCUCAUUGCCCGUAGCUCUGAUUGAAGAUGUUGAGGUGAAACCAAUUAUUCUGUGUGACCAGGCAUUCCCACUCACUACUAACCUCCUGAAGCCAUUCUCAAAUGCCUUGCCCGACACACACGAAGCUGCUUUCAACUACAACCUGUCAAGGACGAGACGCAUUGUUGAGAAUGCAUUUGGAAGGCUGAAAGCUCGCUUUAGGUUUAUCAUGAAGAGGAUGGAAUGCACCUUGCCCAAUGCAAAGCAUGCAAUUAGGGCAUCGUGUAUUUUACACAAUAUUUGUGAAGGUCUGAGAGACACUGUGGAGCAGCAGUGGGAAAAUGAAGCCACUGCAUUUGAUGCUCUGUAUGAGCAACCAUCACAUACCACCACUGCAUCCACUGCGACAGGUCAUGAAGUGAGAGCUGCCCUUGCUCAAUAUUUCUGGAAACGGGCACAACAAAACACAAUGAACUGA